AUGCCACCAAAACGAUCAAAAGCGUCCCUCCUCUCAACCGCCCUCCUCCUCCUCCUCCUCCCCACAACGCAAGCUUGGACCUUCAUCUGGACAGACAGCAAGGGCUCCACCACAAUCGAGCCACCCGGAAACUGGGACGAGGUCGGGCACCCAUGCAAGGAAAUCGACCACCCCAAGGGCGCCUGGUACGAGUUCGACGCCGAAGACGACCGCCAGAUCACGAUCUACUUGUACUCCUCCAAGGACUGCUCCGGCGGCGCGAAGGGGUACGCGACAAACCUGAAGGAGGGGAACUCGUCGGUGCCUCUGCGCUCGUAUGAGGUUAUUGAUGAGGCGAGUUCGUCGAGUAGCUCUUCUUUUGCGACGAGUACGAGUACGAGUACAAGUACGGAGACGCCCACUGCUACUGCUACUGGUUCGACGACGCCUACACCGACGCCUGAUGAUGAAGGGUCAAGUUCAGGUUCAGGAUCAGAUUCAGACUCGAUCUCACCCGGUGCGAUUGGCGGGAUCGUCGCGGGUGUUGUCGUAGGAUCUGGUGUCAUCGGGGCUAUAAUUUAUCUCGCCCGGCAGAGACGGAAAGAGUCUUCUAGGCCGGAAUACAACUCUGCCUCUAUCUCAAACCCUCGCCCUGGUCCUGGUUCUGGCCCUGGUCCUAGUCCUAGUCCCGGUCCCGGUCCCCAACCACCAACGCGCUCCCCCACGGGCGGCUCUAAUAUGAUAGCCGCGCCCUACGUACAGAACAACCACGAGCCGUACUCGCCGACUGCCAUUGACGCCUACGUCCAGCAGCCUCUCCCAUAUUCGCCGCUUGACUCGGCUCACCCGGGUGGCCACGGUGGAUGGCCGGUGAAAUCGCCGCUAUACAAUCCUGAAUCCGCUCCAGGGCCGCCGCCGGGGUAUAUACAGCAUCAACAUCAGGGACAUGGGCACGGGCAGCAAUUUACCGCCGAGCUGGAUGGUGGGGCUGAGCUGCAGGAGUUGAGUUCGACGCACAUGGUCAGUGAGAUUGAUGGACGGAGUCGGGGGACGAGUGUUUAUUAUGGGGAUCGGAAGAUAUGA